UCGAGGCCCGGGAACUCGUUGCUCUCGAAGUAGUAGCUUGGAGCUCGUCUCUUCUCGCCAUGGCGAGGCGAGAGAUCGAGAUCCCACUCUCCCGAUUCGGCGUUCUCGUCGCGCAACUCGAGUCCAUCGUUGCCUCCGCUCACCAGCAACCUCCAGAUGGUCUACUCUGCUUCGAUCUCCUCUCCGAACUCGUUUCCGCCAUUGAAGAAGAACCUAAGGAAUCCAUAUUGCAGUGGCAAAGGAAGUGUGAGGAUGCACUUCACUCGUUGCUUGUAUUAGGUGCUCGCCGGCCUGUACGACGGCUGGCCUCAAUGGCCAUGGGAAAGGUCAUUGCGAAGGGCGAUGGCAUUUCCAUAUACUCUAGAGCUAGUAGCCUCCAAGGAUGGCUCGCUGAUGGAAAAAGAAGUGAACCCCACUCUUGUGCUGGUGUUGCACAGUGUUUGGGAGAACUUUAUCGCUUAUUUGGGCGAAGGAUCACUUCAGGUCUGCUUGAGACAAUGCAUAUUGCUGCGAAAUUAAUGAGGUUUAAUGAGGAUUUUGUCCGAAAAGAUGCAUUGCAAAUGCUAGCUAAUGCAUUGGAUGGUUCUGGUGGUCAUGGUGCCUCUACAGCUUACCUAGAAGCUUUUCGCAUAAUAACGCGAGUUGGUGUAAGUGACAAGUCAUUUAUAGUUAAACUAGCAGCAGCAGGAUGCCUGAAGACAUUUGCAAGCAUAGGUGGACCUGGAUUAGGUAUAAGUGAGCUUGAGAGUUCCAUUGCCUAUUGCCUGAAGGCCCUUGAGGAUCCAGUUUCUGCUAUCAGGGAUGCUUUCUCAGAAGCCUUAGGCGCUUUGCUUGCACUUGCAAUGAAUCCUGAAUCUCAGGUUAGACAUAGAGUAAAAGCUCACACACUUCCUGCCAAAAAAUUGGAUGAUGGUCUAGUAAAACAUUUGAUACUUCCAUUUAACAAAGCAAGUGGAGUUCGUGCAAAGGAAAUGCGCAUUGGCCUAGCAUUGUCAUUUGUUUUCUUCUUACAGGUAGUUCGUCUCAAAUAUGGUGCUUCAGAUAGUGACCUUCAGAAUUUCGCAUUCCAGGCCAUUGACAUGCUUCAAGGGAAUGCAUAUGAAGAUUCACAUGCCUUGGCAUGUGUUCUCUACAUUCUUCGUGUUGGUGUUGCUGAUCAGAUGACAGAGCCAACACAGAGGAUUUUUUUAGUUCUUCUUGGAAAAAAGCUUGGGUCUGCUGAUUAUAGCCCAUCAGUUGGAGUUGUUAUUUUGCGCAUCUUGUCAUAUCUUUUGACAACUUUGGGUGAAGUUCCACUUGAAUUCAAGGAAGUGCUUGAUGAUACAAUUGUUGCAGCAUUAUCUCAUUCCUCGUUGCAUGUACGCAUUGAAGCUGCUCUUACAUUACGUGCAUUGGCUGAAGUUGAUCCUACUUGUGUUGGUGGUUUGAUUUCAUAUGGUGUGACAACAUUACAUGCGUUAAGAGAAACCUUGUCACCUGAAAAGGGAAGCCAUUUGCAUCCUGACCUUGACUCAUUACAUGGGCAAGCAACAAUUUUAGCUGCACUUGUUUCCAUCUCUCCAAGGCUUCUUCUUGGUUAUCCUGCAAGGUUGCCCAAAUUAGUGUUUGAAGUUUCUAAGAAAAUGCUGAUUGAAUAUAGUCGCAAUUCUGUUGUGGCUACUGUAGAAAGAGAAGCUGGAUGGUUACUAUUAGCUUCGCUUUUAGCAUCAUUGCCGAAAGAGGAGCUUGAGGAUCAGGUUUUCGAUGUCCUUUUACUUUGGGCUGGUCCCUUGUUGGGUUCUGAAUUCCAUAUUAGGCAAACACAAGAUUUGACCUCUGAAAUACGUGUUCUGUCGGCAGCCAUGGAGGCACUUACCGCAUUUAUAAGAAGCUUUGUUCAUACAACGGCAGUUGCAACAAAUGGUGGAAUCCUGCUUCAACCUGUGCUUGCAUACCUUAGUGGUGCUUUGUCAUAUAUUUCCAUCUUGUCCUCCAAGCAAAUGCAAAGCAUGAUCAGACCUUCAUUAGAUCUUUUCACCACGAGAACGAUAUUGGCCUAUGAGUCUCUUUCCAAUCCCAUGGCAUACAAAAGUGAACAUCCUCAACUUCUUCGGAUAUGCACUUCUCCAUUUGCAAGUGAUGCUUCUCAAUAUGGGGAAAGCUCAUGCCUGAGAUUUUUGUUGGACAAGAGGGAUGCUUGCUUAGGUCCUUGGAUACCUGGAAGGGAUUGGUUUGAGGAUGAACUUCGUGCAUUUGAUGGUUGCAAAGAUGGAAUUGUGCCUUGUGUCUGGGAUUAUCAGCUUUCAAGUUUUCCUCAGCUGGAGUCUGUAAGCAAAAUGUUGGUUAAUCAGAUUCUAUUGUUCUUCGGCACUAUUUUUGCAAGUCAGGACUCAGGUGGGAAGUUGGUGUUGCUUAACAUGAUUGAUCAAUGCCUUAAGACUGGGAAGAAGCAACCUUGGCGUAGAGCCAGUAUCACAAAUGCAUGUGUGGGGCUACUUAGUGGUCUGAAGGCUGCACUGGCAUUACGUUCUCAAGGAUGGGAAAUUGAGAUCCUAACUUCGAUUCAGUCCAUAUUUCAGGGUAUUCUUCUGGAAGGUGAAAUAUCUUCAGAACAGAGAAGAGCAUCAGCGGAAGGUUUAGGUUUAUUAACUCGUCUUGGGAAUGACGUCUUCACUGCAAAAAUGGCAAGAUCUUUGCUUGGAGAGUUAAUUGUAGCAACAGAUCCAAACUUUAUUGGGUCAAUUGCACUGUCAUUGGGUUGCAUACACCGAAGUGCAGGAGGGAUGGCAUUAUCUACUUUAGUGCCUACAACAGUGACUUCUAUCUCAAAUCUAGCUAAGAGUUCAAAUCCUGGCCUACAAUUAUGGCCUUUGCAUGCUCUUCUAUUAACUAUUGAAGCUGCUGGUUUAUCAUAUGUGCCCCAGGUGCAGGCUACUCUCUUCCUUGCUAUAGAAAUUCUUUUGUCAGAAGAGAAUGGUUUGGUUGAUCUUCGCGAGGAGAUUGGGCACCUCAUAAAUGCCAUAGUUGCUGUCCUUGGUCCUGAGUUGGCCCCUGGGAGCACGUUCUUUUCUCGUUGCAAGUCUGUUAUUGCAGAGAUAAGCUCUUGCCAUGAAACAUCAACUCUUCUUGAAUCUGUCCGGUUCACACAACAGCUUGUUCUUUUUGCUCCCCAAGCUGUUUCUGUGCAUUCUCAUGUUCAAAGUCUUCUUCCAACUCUCUUUUCAAAGCAGCCAAGCCUUCGGCAUCUUGCUGCGUCAACUUUGAGGCACUUAAUUGAGAAAGAUCCGGUUGCCAUUAUUGAUGAGAAGAUUGAAGAGAAUUUGUUCAUCAUGCUUGACGAAGAAACUGAUACUGAGAUUGGAAAUUUAGUUCGGGCAACCAUCAUUCGUUUGCUUUACGCUUCAUGCCCUUCUGUUCCAUAUCGCUGGUUGACAAUAUUAAACGGUUUGGUUCUUGCAACAUCAAUCAGAAGGAAUACAUCUGAGAAGUUUACUACUCGUGAAAAGGACCAUAUGAACACUUCAUCUGAAGGUGAUUCUAGGUUGGAUUUUGGGGAGGAUGAUGAGAACAUGAUUACUAGUUCAACUCGUGAACAGAUGCAAGAAUCCGGGUCUGUUUCCAAUGCAAACCUUAAAAGGGUGAAGCAUCUUAGAUACCGUACAAGGAUUUUUGCUGCAGAGUGUUUGAGUCAUGUACCGACAGCUGUUGGAACAGAGCCUGCACAUUUUGACCUUGCUCUGGCAAGACAGCUAUCUAAGGCACAUGCUGGCUCUGGUGAUUUCCUUGUGCUGCACUUACAGGAGCUCAUCUCGCUUUCUUAUCAGAUAAGCACUGGUCAAAUUGAGGGAAUGCAACAUAUAGGGGUGAGACUUCUAUGCAUCAUCAUGGACAAGUAUGACCAUCUUCCUGACCCGGAGCUUCCUGGCCACUUCCUUAUGGAACAGUAUCAGGCUCAACUAGUUUCAGCUGUGCGAUCUGCAAUCAGUCCCUCUUCUGGCCCUCUUCUAUUGGAGGCUGGCUUACAGCUAGCUACGAAGAUUUUGACGAGCAGCAUAGUAAGUGGAGAUCGGGUUGCGCUUAAUCGCAUGUUUUCCUUGAUUUCACGGCCACUUGAUGAGAUUAAAGACCUAUAUUAUCCAUCUUUUGCCGAAUGGGUCGCAUGCAAGAUCAAAGUAAGGCUUUUGGCAGCCCAUGCCUCCAUCAAAUGCUAUGUUUAUUCAUUCUUGAAAGAACAAAAAGAAAUUCCAGAUGAGUAUCUUCCAUUGGUACCUCUGUUUUCUAGCAAAUCAGGCAUUUUAGGGAAGUACUGGACUGAUGCUCUCAAAGAUUACUGCUACAUCUGCUUUUCUCUGCAGUCAAACUUGAAAUACAAGCCAUUCUUGGAUGGUAUUCAAUCUUUGGUGGUCUCAUCAAAGGUGAAAGGAUGCCUUGAUGAAGCUUGGCCUGCAAUUCUUCAGGCUACUGUUCUUGAUUCAGUUCCCUCAAAAUUUGAAUUGGAGACAUUUUCCAAGUCUUCUGUUGAGGAUCCAUCCAGGGAGAUGUUUGCAUCUGGGUGUAGCAUGGCUAAACUGGAAUUUGGAGAGGUUCAGUUUCUUUGGGGAUUGGCAUUACUUGUCUUGUUUCAGGGGCAACAGCUAGAACUAGAGAAGCAAGUAAAGAUGCCUCUUGUCAAUAUUGACAAGGAGUAUGAUCAAGGUUACUCGGUUAAAGAGUCUCACCUUUUGACAUACAGUGAAAUUGCUUUGGUUGUUUUUCAGUCUCUUUCAAAAGAAUAUUUUCUCAGUCAGGGAUUUUUGUCAGUGGACCUUUGCAGAGAGAUCUUUCAGAUUCUUGCACAUACUCAUCAGUGGACAUAUUUGAAGAAUAGAGCAGCGUUACAUGUCUUAUUACAGAUUGUUCAGUAUUGCCCAGAGGGGUUCUUCGAGAAGGAAGAUUUUACAUCUGCAGCAACUGAGCUCUAUAUUAAACACCUUCAUGUAACAUUUGAGAGCGAGGAUGCAAUUUUAAAAGACAGCUAUGAUGGUAAGGACGUGCUUUCUGCGCUUUCAUUUGCAGCUGAGACGAUUACCUGUCGGAUCAAGCACAAGAAUCAAUGGAAGUUUGUUGCUGCGGUUCUGUCCAUCUGCUAUGAAUGUUAUACAGGAGCUUCAACUGAUUUUUGUAUUUCAAAAGUCUUUGCUUUCCUCAUGAAUAUGGUACCUUUCUUGACAACAAAAUUCUGUGAGAGUCAUGAGGAUCGUUAUGAUAGGAAUAUUAUUCUGGGAGCAUGGGUGACUAUGCUCACCUUUUUGUCUCAAGAUUGCACAAAGAGGAUCCACAACUUAAAGACCGGCAUAAAUGAUUCGUUCAAACUUAUGGUAAAGAUAAUCAAUUCAUGUUUGGAGGAAGUUGUGGCCCUAGCCAGACUAGUUUAUGAAAUCAAAGGUCUUGGAGAGGACAAAGACAGCACCAUUCUCCAUCUUUCUGUAUACAAACAUUGUGUGAAGUGCUUCCAGGAUACUUUUCAUGAUGUGGACAUACAGGUGCAGACAAUUGGACUCCACGUGCUAAAAACAAUUGCUCAGAGAGAAGUUGCUAAUGGCACGGAUAUGGAAAUGCGGUCUUUCUUUUGCACUUUUGCUGGGGAGCUUUUUGGAGACAUAUUUCUCAUAAUUCAAAAUAGUCAUAAGGGAGGCAUGAAGAAGGAAACAACGGCAGCUCUUGAGGAGUGCUUGAGGUUAUUUUUCCUCACUCAUACUCUUUCACAGGGUAGUGAGUUUCAGCAAGCUGUUACAACACUGCUUGUGGAAGCUCUAGUCAUGGUAUUCUCCAUAGCUGAUGAAAGUCACUCUCAGGAAGCCAAUGUGAUCAAGGCUAAUGCAAGGAAGCUGGUUUCUCAUCUUGUCCAGACUCCUUCAUUUGCAAUACAAAUCAAAGAUGUGAUGGUGUCAAUGCAAAUAGCACAGAGACAGAAACUUCAGGAUAUUAUUCGCACGUCAGUCAUGCCUGGACAAAUGCCAACAUCCACUCAGGUGCAAGUGCCAUCAGUUAGUCAUGGCUCUGUUGCAGCAAUGCAAUCAAAUCCCAUCAUUCCACCUCCCUUCAGUAAAUUUAAUAAGCAAUCGGAGAUUGAUACCACAGAACAUAGUCAUGUAAAAGCUCCAGACGUUGAAGUGAUGGAUGCUAGCAUCCAUGGUGGAGAAGCUGCUGGAGCUGAUGCGGAAGAUGAUGAUGAUGAUGAUGAUGAUGAUGAUGAUGACUGGGACACCUUUCAAUCUUUGCCAGCUAAUGACACAGUUGUCUCCACAUCAGAGCUACAUGUUGAGGUUGGUUCAGACAGAGACAUAGAUGAGUUUGGUUCUGUCAAAGUCACAGACGGAGGAGCAACAAAUACCCUCUUGGGUGAUGCAAAGCAUGUAAACACAGAUGUGGAUGAAGGAGAAACAAAUUAUAGUGACGCAAAUCAGGUAAACCAAGACAUAGAUGAAGCAGUAGUAAAUACUUCCUCUGGUGAGGCAAAGCAUGUAAAUGCAGAAGUAGAUGAAGUAGUAGCAAAUACUCUCGCCAGUGACACAGAGCAUAUAAACCCAGAUAUACACAACGAAGCAGAAAAUGGUAAGGGAGUGAUUGAUGCAACAGAUUUACAGCAGAAGGAUAACAAAGACACUGAUGCAAUGAAAGAUAGCCCUUCUGGAUUUGAGAUUUUUGAAGAGGUUAGUCAUGCAAAUGAUGUAAUGACAGGCCAAGAAAUAACUACUGCCUCUAGUGAUCAAGACAUGGAAAAACCAGUUCCAAAACAUGAUGAUGAGGGAACAAUUGAAAGAACAGAGUUACAACAGAAGGAAAACAAAGAUGUAGGAGAAUCAAUUGGUAUUUCUUUCACAGAAGAAGCCUGAGGUAGAAUGUUGCCGGGCGAAAAAUAGUGCAGAAUGGAAGUCUCUACCCUCUAGUCAAUCUUUGCCAUUUGAUGAGGAGAUUUUUGAUCAACAACAUCAAGUGGUUUGUCUUGAAGUUGAAAUAUAGCAAGGUGAUGAAGAUUGCACUAGUGAUGUCUUUGAACAAAACUAGUAAAGCAGUGCUGAUGAUUUGCAACUUUGCUUCUGCUUUGCACAUCUGAAGGACGCAACAAUAGAAUCUGAUCAUCAAAGUCAAGAUGGAGAAGCAAAUGAAACCACUUGAAUGGUCCUGAUUUAUGAUUUGCCCAUUUAUUAAUAUUUGUUAAGAUGUUCUGAAUUUUCAAGAUGUGAAAAGCUUUUGUUAUUGAAAACAUAUGCUUGUGUUCGAGCUUGUUAUUUUUUGGUUGUAUAAUGAUAAUCACUGCCUUAUUCAGAAUCAGGACUUGUUUGUGUU